CGGAGCAUUGUUAUGCAUAUUCUGCGCGAUGAAGCUUUCGCCGUCCCUCUUUGGUUCUCCGGCUUACCGGACCGAAACCUCCCCUUUUGGGUUGGAAAUGGAGAAGGGCGGCGGGAGCUCGCGGUUCGACCUCGGCUCAAGCUCGCUCCCAUGCGAUCUCUCGCUCGACAUCGUCUCCUUGCUCGAGGCUUCCGAUGUUUGCUCGUUGGGGAGUUGUUCCCGCUUCUGGCAAGGCCUUUGCGCCUCCGAUUCCGUCUGGAUCGCGCUCUACAAGCGGCGAUGGCCCUCCGCGGUUAGCGACCUCGGUGCGUUGCCCUCGCAGGGAUGUAAAACUUUUUACAUUAAUAAGCACAAGAAAUUGGCCAGUGCUGUUUCUGAUGUAAUAAAAUCUGUGUUAGAGUGGUCAAAAAGUGGGUCAAUGGAAGUUGGUUAUUAUUUAAAAGCAAUUAGUGACCUGGGCUCGAUGGAACUUGGUUUUAAAGAUGUGCAGCUGUUCCUGUUCAGAAGGGAGCAUAAUGUGCUAUUAAAUCUGAUUGGAUUGCAUUAUUGUAUAUUUUCACUGGACAUUCCGCCUGUUGAUGUGAUGGAGGUGCUUGAAAGCUGCCAAGUUUCAGAGCAGCAAGUAUGUGUGAGUUGGUUUAUGCUAGGCAGGUGGUUCUACGGCUUCCGCUUGCCUGAUGAGCACCGCUCUCGCAUUGUUUCUCUGACUGAGCUUGCGAUGGGCAAGGAGGGAGAGGUUCUUGGUGUGCUCAACCGUGGUGCAAUUCAUGAGGUAUUGCGCGUCCAGAUCACCACGGUUGCAACAAGCUGACCUCGACAAUUGAAGUCAUAUUUCUAGUGAUUGUAAAUGUUUAUGCAACCGGAUGAUGGUGGUGAACUAGGCAUAUUUCUAUGUGCAUGUCCUUGUACAGCAUUAUGUGAAUAUAUAGCUCUGUGCCAUAAAUUGAGUGGACCACUGCUACUGCUGCUUAUAAAAAUUGUAUUAGACUUUUA